AUGAAAACGGAUGGAACCAGCAGAAGAGUCCUUGUGGAAGACAAGCUGCCCCACAUCUUUGGUUUCACUCUGCUGGGGGAGUAUAUUUAUUGGACAGACUGGCAAAGAAGAAGUAUUGAGCGGGUUCAUAAGCGGACAGCAGAAAGGGAGAUCCUAAUUGACCAGCUACCUGAUCUCAUGGGCCUCAAGGCUACCAACGUCCACAAGACCCUGGGUACAAAUCCUUGUGCAGAAUCCAACGGGGGCUGCAGCCACCUCUGCUUGUAUAGGCCCCAAGGAUUGCGCUGCGCCUGCCCCAUCGGCCUGGAGCUCCUGAGUGACAUGAAGACCUGCAUUGUCCCAGAAGCCUUCCUGCUAUUUUCCCGUAGAGCCGAUAUCAGGCGAAUCUCUCUCGAGACAAACAACAAUAAUGUUGCUAUUCCACUAACAGGAGUCAAGGAAGCCUCUGCCCUGGAUUUUGAUGUGACUGACAAUCGCAUAUAUUGGACAGACAUCUCGUUGAAG